CAGCGUUGAGUGUUUAUCAGCCAGUCUUGGUCAAGCGACCGCACAACUUAGAAGUGCUCUAUUAAAGAUGUUAAAGCUAAGUGUAAUUUUACUUUGUGGUUUGUUUUAUGUUGACGCCGGAAUGAGUCGCAAUCAAACAAACUCUGACUCUCCAGAAGUGACAACUCCCCUCGGGAAAGUCAAAGGGUCCCUUAUGACAACGCGAUUGGGCAAAACUAUAUACGCAUUUCGCGGGAUUAGAUACGGCGAGCCUCCUGUUGGUCAGCAGCGUUUUAAACAAGCUGAACCAGUGGAACCCUGGGAAGGCACCUUUGAUGCUUCAAAAGAAGGCCCUUCAUGCGGGUGGCUGGAAUCUAAGCUCCAAUCGGAAGAUUGUCUUCGUUUGAACGUCUACACUACGAAGCUUGCAGAACCAGGCAGUGCUCCCCGUCCAGUAGUAGUCUUUUUCCACCCGGGCGGAUUUUGGUCCCGUUCCGGACAAAGUUACAUCUACGGCCCGGAAUAUCUUUUGGACGAAGACAUCAUUCUAGUGACCUGCAACUACAGAAUUGGAGCGUUAGGAUUCUUCAGUACCGGCGAUAGCCUAGCUCCUGGAAAUCUAGGCCUAAAGGACCAAGUGGAGGUGCUUCGAUUCAUUCAGAAGAACAUCAGAAGUUUCAAUGGCGACCCAAACAGCGUCACUAUCACGGGCCAGAGUGCAGGAGGCUGGAGUGUCUCUCUUCACCUGGUCUCCCCGAUGUCCAAAGGACUCUUCCACCGAGCUAUAGUCCAGUCUGGAGCAGCUACCUACCAGAAUCCGUUCCCACCUCACCAGAAAGACCUGGCCAAGAAAUUAGCUCGGUUGUUGGAUUGUCCUACAGAUACAACUGGGUCUAUGUUGGUUUGUCUGAACACUAAGCCCUUUGAGGACAUUGUUGCUACUCUUACGAAGUUUUGGGAGUGGCACGGAGAUCCUAUUCUAAUUUGGACGCCGGUUAUAGAGCCAGAUUUACCAGGAGUUGAACGGUUUCUUGUUGAGCAACCAGUUGAUUCUAUAAAGCAUGGAAGAUUUGAACAAGUUCCUGUUAUUGGCGGGAUUGUUAAGGAUGAAUUCGCUGGAGUUGUUGUUGGAGUUGUUGAAGCAGCACGAAAAGGUGACAAUUCUGUGUUUGACGACAUUAAUGCAAACUUCACCAAAAUUGCGCCUAUAAGCUACUUGUACGAGCGAGGAACGAAUAGAUCCUUGGAAAUUAGUGAAGAUCUAAGGAAGUUCUACUUCAAAGGACAACCUGUUGGAAAAGAUAACUACGAAGGCCUUGGAGAGUUAUACGCAGACGGUGUAACUAUCUUCGGCGUACAUCGAUUUAUUAACCUGCUUGGUAAACACUCGAGCAAACCUGUUUAUUACUACAAUUUCGCUUAUCAAGGCCGAUACAGCCACGUUUAUUGGUCCGAAAAGAAAUCAUUUGGAGUCGUUCAUGAAGACGACUUGCUUUACCUGUUCAGAAAAGAGGAAUUUCCCGCUAUUGGAGGAAAUGAUUCCGAAGUUUUGACUCUGAGGCGCAUGACGUCAAUUUGGGGAAACUUUGCACGGACUGGUGAACCAAUUCCUGUGAAUAAUCCUGAUUUUUCUGACUUUGUUUGGACUCCCUUCACCCGGGACAAUCCAGCGUAUCUUGAAAUCACGGAUACUCUUAAAAUCAAGAAGAAUUUAUACAUUGAUAGGAUGAACGAGUGGGAUAAACUAUUUCCUAUUGAAUAUUGAAUAUUAAGAUAUUCCAGUAUUUUUUGAACAUUACAUUCCAUUUAUAUUCCUUGUAUUAUAACCAAAUCAAAAUAAAUUUAUAAACUUA